AUGCGCUCCUCCAGCCAGCCCACGCAGCCCGCGCCGGCGCUUUUGGCAGCCAUGCUGGUCUUCACCGCAGCAAAUGCGAUCAUCUCCUUCUCGGCCUUCUGGGCGUCGCGGAACACCGUCGCUGAGCCGCCUGCCGCUGGCACCGGCACCAGUACAGCUUCCACGGCGGCGGCCCGGAGCCUCUGGGAGGCGUACGACGCACACCUGGCCGAGGCAAAGUAUGUGGAUCUCACGCACGCGAUCGAGCCUGGCAUGCCGCUGUGGGACGGCUUUUCCCAGCCCAAGUUUGGCGCUGCCGUCGCAAGAGUCGCCACACCAGGCUUCAUCGCCGAGGGCGCAACGUACGGCUACGCUGCGCAAGGCUUCGUCGCCGGCGCGGUCUCGCUCGCGACUGACCAGAUCGGCACGCAGCUCGACCCGCCGGCGAGUAGCCUGGAGUCACACGCGGCGCACUGGAAUGAGCUCGGCGCCACAAUCUCCGAUCUUCCCCCGACGGUGACGCUCCGCCCGCUCGUCGUGGUCGACAUCUCGCGCAAGGUGGCCGCGGAGCCGGGCUACACGGCGAGCGUCGCCGACGUGCUCGCGUGGGAGGCGGAGCACGGGCGGGUCCCGGCAGGAGCAGCGGUGCUCUUCCGCUCGGACUGGUCGCGGCGGUGGGGCGAGUACCUCGUCGAGGGGAAGAUGCCGGCCGUCUUCCCCGGGGUCGGGCUGCCGGCGCUCCAGUUCCUGCACCAGAACCGCUCCAUCCUGCUGCACGGGCACGAGCCGCUUGACACGGACUCGACGCCGACGCUCGAGGGGGAGGCGUGGCUGAUGCACCACAACUACCUGCAGGUCGAGGGCGCCGCCAACCUGCACCUCGUCCCGCCCGCCGGCGCCCUCCUCUCCAUCGGAUUCGCAAAGAUCAAGGGCGGCGCCGGCGGGCUCGCGCGCCUCGUCGCCGUCUGCCCGCCCGCGUGGCCCUUUGGGGUCAGCGUGCGCGAGGCGCCCGCCGCGCCGCUGCCGCAGCAGCCGGCGCCCCUCCGCAGAAGCGCCGACGGGGUGCUGCGUCCGCGGCCCGGGGCGGCGCCGACAGAGUACUGCGGCGCCGGAGGCGCGCCGCUGGGCUGCCCACUCCCGGGGUAA